CGCCAUAUUAAAAUGCUCCCUCCUGUCUGCCUGUGAGCUUGUAGCUUAGCAGCAGCGGCUAGCCACCACUCUGCCUUUUACAUCCUCAAGCCUGACAAGAGGGCAACGACGUGAUGGAAAUUGACUCGCUUGAAGAGGCGCUCAGAGAUUUUGAUAAGAAAGCGAAGAAGGAGCCUACCCCCCUUUUGGAACAAUUUUUAUGCCAUGUUGCCAAGACUGGACAGACCAUGGUUCCAUGGUCACAAUUCAAGAACUACUUCCUGUUUAAAUUGGAAAAUGUGAUGGAUGACUUCAAAGCCUCCGCACCUGAGCAAAGAGCUUCGGCGAACCCAAACGUGGAGUCGGUUCCGUUUGAGGAUAUGAAGGAGAGAAUCUUGAAGAUAGUGAAGGGAUACAAUGGAAUCCCCUUCACAAUCCAGCGAUUGUGCGAGCUGCUCACAGAGCCCAAAAGGAACUACACUGGAACAGAUAAGUUCCUUCGAGGCGUGGAGAAGAAUGUGUUGGUGGUAAGCUGUGUCCAUCCAACUUCAGAGAAAAACGGAUGCAGCACUGUUAACCGAAUGAAUGGAGUGAUGCUUCCAGGAAAUGCAUCUGCUUUUAUAGAGAGGAAAGUAAACGGUCCAGGAACCCCUCGACCGUUGAACAGACCAAAGGUGUCACUGGCCAACUCACUAGCAGCCAAUGGUCUACCAGACAGCACAGACAACAAAGACCUCAACACAGAGCAAGAUGACAACCAAGACACCAGCAACAUUUUGCCUUCAGAAGGCUCCCCGGGGAGCGCUGUGAAGAACAAACACUCGGACGAAGAGGAGGAGGAAGAGGACAUGGAGGCUGAACACCAAGAGGUGAAGAGACUGAAGUUCUGUAAAGACGAGGAGGAAGAAGAGCAGGAAGUGGAGACGCCGAGGUCCUCAGACAGCAGCCACCACUCUAAAGAAGCAGAAGCCAUGGUUCAAGAGGAAGAGGAGGAGGAGGAGGAGAAGAAGGAGGCGUUCAGCACUGAAGCUGCCACUGAGGAGCUAGAACCAACUAGCGGCACAGUGUCUGAGAGUUGCGAAGGAUCCAAGCAGGAUGGGAGUGAUCCGGCUGAGAGGGAGGUACCAUGCGCUUCAGAAGAGGAGGGUAGCGACAUGGACCAGACAGACCAGCAGGCCCCCACUAGCGUCCAGGAGAACCAGGAGAGCAGCCGGGACGGAGAGGAGAGAAGCAGCGACCCGGUCAUCAGCAGAAGCAGCAGCAGUACAGAGGAGGGGGCAGAGGCAGCCCAAGAGGAGGCCGCUGUCGCUCCCUCCUUCAGUACAACUGAACCUCCUACAGAGGGCGCCACCUUAAACACUGAGACCACCGAGGAGCCUAUGGAGCAGGAUUAGACUGAAGGCCCCCCCUUCUUCCUGCAGUCGCAUGUGACCGUAAACCAGCUCGUUCUUUCCAUCAGUGGUCGCCAAGACGACAGAUGAACACCUCGCCCCGUCUCUGGACACUCCUCCAAAAUAGCUACUAUUUUGGAGGAGUGCAUUUUCUGGGCUCCAGAAAAUAUUUUUUCUUUUUAUUGGAAUAUUUUACAGGUUUUUGUUUUAAAAUCCAGCAGGGUUGAUUUUAUUAGCCUUGGAAUUUUUUUCCUCUAAUUAUUUUGAUGAUCAGUGAGUUUAUUUUGACCUCUGUGGUUUAUAGCUCAAGUUUUGGACCAUUUACUCCAACUUGUAACAGGAAGUAACAUGCCAUUCUACAGACUAUUAUCAUUUAGGAGACUUUUCAUAAGAAGUAAAACCACUUCUGAGUUUUUAAGUGUUGAUUUAUCUUUAAUCCACCAGGCUCCAUCAGCUCCAUCAAUUUUACAAUUGAUUUCUCAGUUCCUGUGAGAUGAGAAGCUUUUAUUUUUACCACUUGCUAUCCUCAUAUUUGAAGCGUCUUUCCACAGUGAUACACUACCAGUCCCACUGAACUAUACAGACAUGCUCCCUUUUGUAGUAGCAUCCUCUGUAAACUGACGUUUUCUUGGAUGCAUACAACCAUAAUUUAUUAUGAUUUCAGUUCACUGACUUCUUCUGGAGUACGUUUUUGGGGGUGUUUUUUGUCUGCCGGUUGUAGUUCCUGAAAAAACCAGCUGUAAGUACAAAGAUGGAGCGCUUUCUUUGUAUCGUGAUGUCACCACGUUGUUUCACCGACUGACCGAUAUCCAGUUUUUGGUUACAGUUCUACACCUGUUUCUGCAGCUGUACUUUUUUGAUAUUUAGAAUUUUAAAUUUCUGUAAAGUAGAUUUUUUUGUAGAUUGUAAUACAGUAUGUGUUCACUGCCUUUGUGAAACAAUAUAUUAUUGUAUAAUUUCUGUGUAUACUCUGAAUGCUUUUGCUUUCAGCGCGGUAUUCAGAAAUAGCAAUAAAUGUUAACAUUUUUAA